UUAUCACUCCACUAGCCCACAAUGAACACUAUCCCUACCUACGACUUCGAACAGAUGAUCCACUACUCGUUGCUUAACCAACAGCCUCAAAUGCAGCUGGCGCAACAGCCCUUUGAGGAGGCCCGCACAGUGGUUGUUGAUGGCUACGGUUUGCCAACCCCUACCCAUGGCAGCUUCAGCAUGCCAUAUCAGGAGUUGACACCAUACCAACAGUACCAACCAAUGAUGCAGAAGAACGCGUCCUACGAGUUCUACCCCUCGGUCUACAUGGAGCCGGUUCAGAUGAGUAGCUACACCUAUGCAACCCCAGAAGUGUUUGACUUUCUUCCACCGGUCGAAGCCUGCACUCCUUCCAUGAGCUAUGCUACCCAGCCACAGGGCUACUUUACCCCCUCUCCAUCUCCAGUCACAUUCAACGAUUUGCCACAGGAAUGUUUCUCGCUCAACUCGUCGCCACUUGAGCGCAAUCACUUCUUCAUGGCCUUGGACAAUGCCACUGUCUCUCCUUCCCAAGAGUCGACAAAAUCCAAGCACGCCGGUUCUAGGUGUCACAUGUGCAAUAAGUACAUCAGACGCGACAUGACCAGACAUCUCAGAACCCAUGAGUCGGUCUCCAGAUUCCAGUGUAUCUUCCCAAAGGAGGAGUGCUCGCACAAGACCCACCAGUUCAACAGGCCGUACGACUUCAAGAAGCAUUUGUUGAACUCUCACUUUCAGUUUACCAAAGCCUCUGUCAAGAAGUUGCACAACUUGAACGAAAAGUUGCCAUUUGAGGGUACCUGUCCAUGCAAUAAGAACCGGGUGUUCACUGCCAACGAGUGGUUGCACAACCAUGUGUUGUCUGCCGACCCUGCCCAACGUUGUCCUAUCGCCAGUGACUUUUAGUUGCCCUCAUUUCUGCAUAUUUUUAUUUUCUAUCUUUCGCGUCAUACCUGGCAGGUUUUCCAGGGUUUUUUUUUGGUGGGGUACUCUCAGUACAUAGCAUAAUGGCUUCGUUUUUUAUCGAUCACAAUAAUAC